AUGAGAGAAGUGAGGCACUUGAUAUUGGACAAUUUGAGGUUGUUGGGUGUGUUGGACAAAGCACAGAAGGAACAUGAGCUGGACAUUGCGCCCGAGACCUUUACGAGCGUGAAAAACAAGGGAAAGGCGAUGGAGGUCAUCGUGUACCAUUUAUUCAAGGAGUUGAGUCUGGGCGAGUGCAGAAAGCGCUUCGACCAAUGUUGGCCGAUAUAUCAGCCGAUUCAGAGCAAAGAGUUCCGCAAUGUUGCGUUCAAGUGGCUGUCCGACCUCAAACAGAGCGGCGCACUUGGUCCGACUAUUGUUCGACGAAGUCUACUUGAGGAUUGUCAGGGUGAACGAUACGAGGAAUUGAUCCUAGCGUUCUCUUCCUAUGUCUUACGCGAAUCAUUGAUGCGUGGGUUGCCAAGCCAAUGCGACAUUCUCAAACUUGGUCAGGCGGCGCCCACUCUGAGUGCCAGUGAACUACAACAGAGCGUCAGUCAGCAAACGCAACGGCUGCAUUCAUUGCAGACUGUACGUGAGCAGGCAGAGGAAGCAGCAGCAACGUUCUCCGCAGCUCUCGACGCAAAGGAAAAGGACGUCGAGCAACGUAUUGAAGACGUGGGCAAUCUCUCGGACAUGUCUGCUGCAGAGUUACAAGUCUUACGUCAACAACAUGAGCAUCUCCUCCAGACGUUCACAAGUCAAUGGACUGGCGAUGCAUGUUGGGUCAAUUCGCUACGAAACACCGGUACCAUUCCCAAUCUCGUCCGCCCAAAUGAGGCUUAUGAUGCAAUGAGCCCCGAGGAGUUGUACAAUAUCGAAGAGUCCAGGGGAAGCGGAACGCGAGUUGAUGCAUACCAGAAUCUGCAAGACGCAUUGAGGAAGAGAAAGGCCACUCAGAAGGCGCUGGAAAGGGAGUGCGCAAGACUAAAGGAGAAGUCUAAGGAGCAGCCGAGUAAGGCAGGCAAGUCAAAUGGAGGAUUGGAUGUGAACAUGGAUAAAGUGAUUCAGCAGUCUGAUAACCUCGAUCGCGUUCAGGUUCAGCACGAUCGCCAUCUAUCCAUACUGACAUCUCUCAAGAACGAUCUGAAUGCCUUGACGGAGAAGAGAAACCAUUCCAAAACUCCGGCGCAAAUCCCGUUUCCGUCAACCGAUAUAGGUGAGGAGAUGCAGGAUGCACACGCAUCUUCGGAGCACGAGACCGAGUGGAGACCGCUGCCGUCAGCUAUACCCAGGCCCAAGAGCCGUACGGCAAAACCGAUCCUACAGGCUUCAACCAAGACAGCGCCGCGAAAGCCCAAGCUCGAUUCCAAACCAGAGCCAAGGCCAAGGACCGAAUUGGACCAAAUAUGCGACAACAUCGUCGACUUUGUCAUCGAUGACAGUCCAGGGUUGACGCCUGCGUCGUUCCACGCUACGCCAGCUCCUCCAUCGCUUUCGAACCCUCCACGGGCGCUCGCUUUUGAGAAUAACCCGAUGACGCCGCCAAUAAGCACGACACCGCAGGGCUUGUCCGACUUGGACAUGUCCAUCGACGACGACGAGACAUUUUCGCCCAUCAAACCUCGAUUUCCAUCUCUUCGGGGUUAA